GCCACUCCCGGUGCUGCUUGUGUGCUCGCUCGGUGUGGACACAGUACCUCUUUGGGGAAGCGGCAGCUGAGGGGACGCCGGCGCUCUCCAUGGCCAACGAAAAGCCCAAGCAAGAAGUCACGACUAAGAACAAUGAUCAUAUUAAUUUGAAGGUGGCAGGGCAGGAUGGUUCUGUGGUGUACUUUAAGAUUAAGAGGCAUACGCUACUCAGUAAACUGAUGAAAGCCUACUGUGAGCGGCAGGGUUUGUCAAUGAGGCAGGUCAGGUUCCGAUUCGAUGGGCACCCGAUCAAGGAAACGGACACACCUGCACAGCUGGAAAUGGAGGACGAAGACACAAUUGAUGUGUUCCAGCAGCAGACAGGAGGUGGCUACUAAACAGGGAUCCCGCCACUUUACUCUAGAACUCGGUUCCUCCAGACCAAGAAGAUAGGCUCAAUUAGAAAACCACAAUUCGGUUCUACCACAUCAUGACUACUACAGUACAGCUUUCUCUGUUCCUUCAUUUUCCCUUCCCCGUUCCUUUAUUGUGCAUAGAGCAACUGUGUAUGUGCACAACCACAUUGCAUUUGUUUUUAACUAAACGGUCAAUGGUAUGUUUUGACUGACAUCAAGUGGGGAAAAAUACUGGCUCCGUGAAAAUAUCCCUUUUCUCCAUUAGUAGCAUGCUCCUUCAGCUCUUAUCUUUAUAUUCGAGUAAGUUGUUUUGCUCUCGUGGUUUAACAAAAAAAGAACAACAUAAAAAUCUUUGCCCACGAUCGUGCGAUCGAAGAAUUUUAAUGCCCUUUAUUUGUGAUUGUGAAAGCAGUGAUAAUUUUAUAACUUUUUUGUAUGUAGGUAUUACAUGUAGGCCAAUCUGUCUCUAAGUAGGGAUAAACUACUCUAAAAGAAAUGGAUCCUAGGGGCGCCUGGGUGGCUCAGUGGGUUGAGCUUCCGACUUCGGCUCAGGGCAUGAUCUCACAGUCCGUGAGUUCAAGCCCCACAUCGGGCUCUUUGCUGACAGCUCGGAACCUGGAGCCUGUUUCGGGUUCUGUGUCUCCCUCUCUCUGACCCUCCCCCGUUCAUGCUCUGUCUCUCUGUGUCUCAAAAAUAAACACUAAAAAAAUUUUUUUUAAAGAAAUGGAUCCUAGAUAGUUUUCCCUUCAAGUCAAGGCAUCUUGUUGUUUAAAUAAACUUCUUGUUUAAAAUGAAAAAAAA